UUUGUGAGACCUGCAUCUCCUCUCUCCACACGCUACACGGCGGGGAACGCGUACAUGCGAGCGUCGUGCAGAGCAACUCGGCUGUUUAACAGGAACUCUGUUUACACAAUGUGGACAGAAACAAAUGUACUUGUAUUGGCGCUAGACGAGGUUUCCAACUUUCUUUUUUAAAUUGUUGGUUUGAUGGUUUUGAGCGCCGCACCAACAUGAGACACGCCGUAAUUACUAAACACAUUUUUGAAUAUUUUUCUUGACAACGGAGUUCCUCGUAGUACUACUUUUUCUUUUAGAGUCAUUUGUUUGUACUUUGCUCGAGACAAGUGCGCACCUUGCUCCAUCCAUGUUCUACGCGUAAAAUGUGGGCUGUUAGGCUGUGCUAUUGGGACAGCAGACUACGACCACAAAAUGAAAACUGGGGGUAUUGAUAUUUAUAUGAAACAAAUGUUUGCCACUCAUUUACAGUGCACUGUUCAAGCGUUUAUGCAAGAUAUAAACAUAUUGAAUUAAAAAACGGAUCAACUUUACGCAUGAAAGUAAAAGGCGAAGCAAAUAUGAAUAACAUAAAUAGCUUACAAGAGGAACAUUAUAUGGAUCUUUUUUUAAUCAUCACAUUAUUGCCACUGUCUGAAUGAAAGUAACUAUUAGUCUUAAUGUGCACACGCAACAUCGUAUCAACUUUGCUUGUGAUUGGCCCACGGGGAAACGCUCUCUUUUAAUCAAUGUCCACAUUAGCCUCCCUUAUCUCAUUGCAUUUUACAUUGGAGGACAACUCGAACAUAAGCUAUAGAGCAGAUACGGUCCCGCAGAUCGAGGUGUUCGGCUCUACAGUUCCUUGCCCAUGCGCCCAAACCCCGACGGCAAAAGACUGCCCUCUACUGGGUUUGAAGGCGACAACAUGUACAUGAAUGAAAACAACCAGGAGUUCCUCUCCCCGAACCAGAGCUACACGGGUCAGAGCGGCGGCGGUGGCGGUUCCGGGAACGCCAGCGGGAAUGCCGCUGGCGACGAGGACUACGAAAUCCCGCCAAUCACUCCACCCAACCACCCAGAGCCCUCCCUCCUCCACCUGAUGGAGCACGACUCCACCGGGUACCUCUGCCACUCGCUGCCCCACAACGGGCUCAUCAACCCUUACUCCUACCCGGAGCUGCCCGCCCUCAUGAUGUCCAACAUGCUGGCCCAGGACGGGCACCUGCUCUCCAGCCAGAUGCCCUCGAUGCAGGAGAUGGCUUUGCACCACCACCAUCACCAGCAACAACAACACCACCACCACCUCCACCACCAACACCACCACCACCACCCAGAUGGCCAUCAUUACGACCCUUCCCGUCACAACCCUUUACUAAACAGUUCCCAUAGGAUACUGGCCAACCCAAUGAGCGCCCUGUCCCAGCUGAACCCCCAGCUCGGACGCGGCCCCCUCCCCCACGGUUCCCCCUCCCCUCCCGGGAGUAAAUCGGCCACGCCCUCCCCCUCCAGCUCCAAUCAGGAGGAGGAGAAUGAGUCUCAUUUGAAGAUCACGGGCGAGAAGCGGCCCUCCUCAGAAAUGAUGAAGCCCAAGCCCAAACCACAGAAGAAGAAAAAGAAGAAGGACCCCAAUGAACCCACCAAGCCUGUGUCGGCCUACGCCCUGUUCUUCAGAGACACGCAGGCCGCCAUUAAGGGACAGAACCCCAACGCCACCUUCGGAGACGUGUCCAAGAUAGUGGCCUCCAUGUGGGAUGGACUGGGAGAGGAGCAGAAGCAGGGCUACAAGAGGAAAACAGAGGCGGCUAAAAAGGAGUACCUGAAAGCCCUGGCCGCCUACAGAGCUAGCCUGGUUUCCAAGACGUACAACGACCCCGUGGACGCCAAGGGCAACCAGACGGCCCAGCCGUCGCCCCACAUGCUGCCCGCCAACCAGCCCCUCUACAACGUGCCACACCCCCCCCAGCCCUCCUCCCCGUACCUGGGGCCCGGGGGCUUCCCCCUGGCCGACCUGCAGAGCUACCCGGGCCACGUCCCCCGCCACGCCCUGUCGCGGACCCUCAGCCAAUCACAGAUGCUGCCCAGCAUCAGUGCCUCUCCCCCUUCCUCCUUCCAGAUCAGCCCCCCCUUGCACCCCCACCAGCAGCUCUCCCUACAGCAGAGCUCUCUUCUCAACCAGCCUAUCCGCAUGCAGCAGGUCCAGUCCCAGCAAAUCAUCUCCCACCAGAUGGGGCUGCAGCCCUCCAUUCACUCUCCACCCCCCGGGCAGCAGAGUUUCUCCCACCUCCAGUCGGAGUACCAGAAGAGUGUCGGGGGACCUCAGUCUCCAGGUGCCCCAGCUCCAGGCCCCGGCCCUGGGGGUCCUCAGGCCCAUGACUGGGACGGUGAAUACUGCAAUCGGGAGUGUGGCAGCCACUGCAGCGGCAGCAUGAUAGCCAGGGACAAGCCACUCUACCUCACCUGAAGCAGACGAAGCGAGGAGAAGACUGUGGGCUGUCAAACACAUGUGUACAACCACGACACCUCCACCACCACACUGAGGAGUCUACUGUCAACCACCACCACCACCCCUCCCCCUCCCUGUCCCAUGCCCAGCAUCGCUCUCGGAUAGACACACACACACACACACACACACACACACACACACACAUGCACGCUUGCAGGCGCACACACACACACACACACACACACACAGGCACGCUUGCAGGCGCACAUGCACACACACGCACACACACACACACACACACACACACGCUCAUUCACACGCACACGCACACACAUCCACAAAUGCACCUGCAUCAAUGCAGGCAUACACAGACCUACAUUCUACCUUUUAAAAGACCACCAUCCAAGACCCCCCCCUCUAUUAUUAUUAUUAUUAUUAUUAUACAUUUCAUUUUUAUGAUUUUCUUUCUGAAAGGGACACGCGCGACCAGAGGGUUUAGUUGGUUUCCUUUGUAUCAAUAGAUGACUACUGUCUGUACCACUUAACAUAUUGGGGGGGUCUUGUCUCGCUGUUUCAAUUUCGCCUAGCACUUAUGGAGCCCCGCCCCGCCCGCCCACCCCAAGUCCCUAGCCCCCCCCUCCCCCACCCACCUACCCAGUACAGGCCAGGCGGCAGAAUCCUCCUCCUCUGUCUCCCUGUGAGAGUCAGCCCCUCAGGGAACCCACCCCCCACCCCCCCGCAGCCCCCCCAUCGAGCUUUAAUUAGAACGAGAAGAGCGAGAGUAAAAAAAAGAAAAUACAAUUAAAAAAAACCUCUUCUUUUUCAUCUUCUUUAAUCAUUUUUUAAUUUCCUUUCGUGUUCUCCCUUUUGUUGUUGCUGUUGUUGUUGAUGAUGAUGAUGAUGAUGAUGAUGUCGUUGUUGCCGUUUUAUUUAUUCCUAGCUUGCUCUAUUGUUCCUUUUUUUUUUAUUCUUUCGUUCUGUUCUUGUUGCCGUUGUCCUUUUAUUUUUUCUUGGUUUUGAGCACUAAGCGCCGGGUCCUUCAGUACUUUAGGGGACCGUGGGGAGGAAGGAAUAGAAACAACACAUAGCAAAACAACAGAAACCUUUUGUAAUAUUUAAGACCCGCGAGGUCUGCUGAGCGGUCACAGUGUGAUUGUAAAUAUCACUUUUACGGGAUCGGAUUGGGAAAUUUGGAAGUUCGGAAAGAUCUUCUUUAAUAUUACAUGUAAUUCAUCAGUUUGUAUCUCAAAAAUAUAUAUUGUGUGUGUCUGCCUGUGUGGAGUGUAUGUGUGUGUGUGUGUGUGUGUGUGUGUGCGUGUGUGUGUGUGUGUGUGUGUGUGUGUGUGUGUGUGUGUGUGUGUGUGUGUGUGUGUGUGUGUGUGUGUGUGUGCGUGUGUGUGCUUUUGUGCAUGCGCGUAUGUGCGGGCACACAUGGAUGCAGGGUAUCGCUGGAAUCACUGCGUUCAUAACGUGUGUGUGUGUGUGUGUGUGUGUGCGUGUGUGUGUGUGAGCGCGCGUGACGUGUCCGUGUGUAAAUGUCUGUUCUCCCGGCACGUGCACGUGCAUGCACGUGUCAGUGUUUGCCUGUCGCUCUCGGAGUCUCUCUUGUGAAUUUUAACAGCCUUGUGCAGCUGGAUUUUAGAGGAGCAUUUCACACACUCAAUCUUGCAUUAAAUCUGUGCUCACUGGUGUGUUUUUUUCCAAUAAAGUUCAAUCUCAAACUGAAUACAGAAUAUGUGUCCUUCAGAUCAUUAAAUGAAAGGAGUCAGAUGAGAGAUUGAAGUGACAGAGGGAGAGAGAGACACAGAGAGAGUGAGGGCAUAAGAUAAAAAAUAUGAGAUAAAAUGAAAGAAAUAGUGGCUUGCCUCAAAACCCCCCCUCCCCUUUUUUUUGUCUGGUCAUAAAUGUCCUUUUCUUUACCUCUGCAACAUGUGGAGGGGAUCUAGUUGGAUAUGUGAAUGGAAGCAGCUCAAACCACAUUACAGUGAUUUCAACUUCUAGAAGGUUUUUAAAGUGUUCAGUUGUGUUGAUCUCACCUUUUUUGUGAAUAAUAUACAUGCGUUUUGCUUGACUGUUUAAUUUUUUUUCAUACAGUAGCAUCCUUUCUGUUCUAGUUUUUAAUGGAAAGUUCACAAACAAGUUGUCUAUAAACCUGCCAAUUGUAGUUAUUUUAUUUGUUAAGCCAGUAAAUAUUUUAAAUGGUUAUCAAACGAUAUGAUUAUUUUAAAAGAUUUGUUGGUAGUUGUCCAUAAGCCAAUUAACAGGUUUCCUUAUUUAUGAGAUAAAUGAGAUCUUUUUUGCUUCUUACUAUGGAGGUGGAUUUUAUUUUAAUAUUUUUCUUUUUGGGUUUGAUAAUGAAUAUAAAGUUCACAAUGCUAAUGUUUUCGCUUCAUUUCGUUUUACGUUUCUCAGCUGCUGGGCGCUUUUUUUCCCAGGCCAGCAUCAUCAGUUUGUGUCACAAUGCUUCUUUAUUUUAAAUCUCGAUAAUAAAAAAGAAUAAAAGUUGAAAAACUCA